ACGUCGUAAGAGAAACUUGGUUACAUACAUACAUACAUACAUUCAUACAUACAAUUAUACUAUACCAGUGUAUUAGUGUUUUUACUACGAGAAAUAUAUACACAUAUAUAUUUUGAUUUUUGACAAUUUAUUAUUUUAAUUUAAAAUCAAUCAAUUAAUUUAAAAUGAAAUUUGUAUACAAAGAAGAACAUCCAUUUGAGAAAAGAAAAGCAGAAGGUGAAAAAAUCCGUAGAAAGUAUCCAGAUCGAGUACCAGUCAUUGUGGAAAAGGCUCCUAAAGCUAGAAUUGGUGAUUUAGAUAAAAAGAAAUAUUUAGUACCAUCUGAUUUAACUGUUGGUCAAUUUUAUUUUUUGAUCCGAAAACGAAUACAUUUGAGACCUGAGGAUGCAUUAUUUUUCUUUGUAAAUAAUGUUAUUCCACCAACAUCAGCGACAAUGGGAUCUCUUUAUCAGGAACACCAUGAAGAAGAUUUCUUUUUAUACAUUGCAUAUUCCGAUGAAAAUGUUUAUGGAAAACUAGCAAGAAGUUAAACAAUUUAAAAACACUUAUAAUAUUAUGAAUAAUAAUAACUAUGAAAAAAAAAACAAAAAAAUGAAAACCAGAAAAAUCUAAUUUUUCAGCACUGUGUUACAAUUAUGUUUUUCUUUGAAUUAAUUUUCUUUUAUCUAAAAUCCCCACAAUCGUUUAAAACAGGCCUCUAAACAUUUAUAGAAAAAUUUUAAAAUAACUUAUUUCAAGUUUAUUUUAGUUCGUAACGGCGUGGCUGUUAUAUUCUUUGAUAGUGAUACUCAUCGCCAGUUUUGAGCCCUUUUUUCAACGACUGUGCUUCAAAAUUCAUUGACUGUGCUAAUGAGUCUUAGUUUUAAUUUUAAAAAAAAUUUUAUUUUAUAAAAUUUUGAAUAGUUAAUUUGCUUUUCUUUUUUUUUUAAAUAAAAUUCAAAUAAAUUUUUAGGACAGCUCUUUGUAUGUAAAAAACAUAAGAAUGUGUAUUUUUUUACUUUUAAGGCCCUUUUUUUUAAGACAAUUGUGAUAUUUUUUUUUGUAAUUCGAAUCCAAGUAUCACAAUAAAUUUAUAAUUUUUUUUUUUUAAUUUUAGUCAAACAAAGCCAAUAGAUAACUUUGAGUAUCCACACUCACAAAAACGUUUUUUGAUCCUAGAG